AUACGCGCGCUAUCGAGUCCGCUCCGGGGGGAACGGGCGACGUGACCGCGUGCGCAUUAACCGAACACCGUUGUUCAUUUUAAAAAAUUAAUUAAUUGUUUCCGGUUUCGUUUCCGUUUUAUGAAUUAUGUCGGAAUGAGGCGUCCGAGGUGUGUGACAGGGGGGUUACGUUCUCGCCAUGGCAACCGCCGGUAAAGCGUCACGUUCGCUGUAGAGCCGUUACCGGAGGAGGCGGUGCUUUUCAUCCCUCCUCUUUCAUCUUCCCAAGGGGUUGAUUUUAUUGUGGAGUGUAACGCCAGCGCGCGCCGCCGUUACGCGUUAGGGUUCGGUAACGGAGCGCGCGGUUCGGUAACCGACUAAAGCCUCCUUCUUCCGCCACCAUUACCCGCUUCGGCUGCACAGAAAUGGAGGCGGUCAUGGAGAGAGAGUGCAGCGCGCUCGGAGGACUUUUCCAAACAGUCAUCACCGACAUGAAGGGCAGCUACCCAGUGUGGGAGGAUUUUAUCAGCAAGGCCGGAAAGUUGCAGGCGCAGCUCAGGGCUACGGUGGUGGCAGUUGCCGCUUUUCUCGAUGCCUUUCAGAAGGUCGCGGACUUGGCCACAGGCAGCAGAGGUGCGACCCGAGACAUCGGUUCAGCUCUGACCAGGAUGUGUAUGAGACACCGCAGCAUUGAAGCCAAACUCAGACAGUUUUCAAUGGUGUUUGUGGACUCGCUGAUUAACCCGUUACAAGAGCAGAUGGAGGAGUGGAAGAGAGUCGCCAACACUAUGGAUAAAGACCAUGCCAAAGAAUACAAACGAGCACGGCAAGAGAUCAAGAAGAAGUCUUCAGACACGCUCAAACUGCAAAAGAAAGCAAAGAAAGGGCGUGGGGAUCUCCAGCCGCAGGUGGACAGCGCUCUGCAGGGGGUUAGCGAUAAGUACGCCUCGCUGCAGGAGACAGAAAGGCAAGCAGUGAGGAAAGCUCUGAUCGAGGAGCGAGCACGGUUCUGCACCUUCGUCUCCAUGAUCAGACCCGCCAUAGAAGAGGAAGUGUGUAUGUUGGGUGAGAUCACGCAUCUGCAGUCGAUCUCUGAUGAUCUGAGGUCUUUGACUAUGGACCCUCACAAGCUGCCUCCAUCCAGCGAACAGGUGAUUGCUGAUCUAAAAGGCUCAGAGUGCAGCUGGUCGUAUCAGACUCCACCCUCCUCUCCCAGCACCACCUCCAGAAAGUCCAGCAUGUGUAGCAGUCUGAACAGCGUGAACAGCAGCGAUUCCCGUUCGAGCAGCUCUCAUUCUCACUCUCCCACGUCGCAUUUCCGUUACCGAGGCUCCGCCCUCCCUCAGCAAGGCUCCGUCCGCCUUCCCAGUGUCUCUUCCCACGACUCGGGAUUCACCUCUCAGGAUACCUGUCAAUCAAAGAGCCCCUCCCCCAUGCCUCCAGAUGGGAGCAUGCAGUGCUCUAAUUCAUCCUGUCCUGAUGAGUCAGCUCAGCCAAUCACAGACAGCCGCACUCCCACAUUUCCUGACUCCAACACCAACACUGAAGCGGAGCUGGUAAACGGCAUCCCGCCUCAGUUUCAUUCAGCGGACCUGUCUCUCUUCAUCUUUCCAUCAUCUCCUCCUUCUUCAUCACACACUCCUGACCCCGCAUGGGCGUGGUCUCCGCCUGACCCCGACCCCGGGCUGGAUUUUGACCCGUGCUUUCCUCUGGCUCCCGGCACCUUUCCUCCCUCCCACAGAGUCCCCAGCUGGAAGGACUGGGCUAGGCCCGGGCCUUACGACCAGCCGAUUGUGAACACGCUGCGGAGGGUAAAGGAGAGAGUGAGGGAGAACAGUGAGAGCAGCAGCUCCAGAGAUGAAGCUCCUCACAAAACCAGCUCCAACUCCAGCACUCAGGGCAAACCCAGGGAUGAAGCUCAUGAGGAGCUGGCUGUGUGUCUGUCUCGUGGACUUUCGUUGGACAUACCACGCAGCAGCCGGGACUCUGUUCAGGGCUCCAGCGGUUACAGCACACAGACCAACACACCCUGCUGCAGCGAGGACACCUACAUAUUUGAUUACGAGUGCUUGCCAGGGGGCGGAGACCAAGAAGGAGAGCCGCAGGAAAGUGACUCGCCCGCUCCGGUUCUGCAGAGCACCGACAUCAGCCAAUCAUAUCGCAGGACUUUGCCAGCCAAGCGGCCUUCUCCCUGCGGGCCGGUGAGCAUCACACCGGGCGUUGCGACGAUCCGGCGUGCGCCCACCUCGAAACCGAGUCUGUGGCGCGGCCCGAGCGUUCACGGCCCGAUCCCCAUCAAAACCCCCGUCAUUCCUGUAAAGACACCCACAGUGCCCCAGGCUCUGUACGGCGAGGACGCCGUAAACGCCGCAGAUCCCUCGCCAUCGCCCACACAACCAACACCCAACUCCGGCAGCCAAUCAGACGCUCCGGCAGAGCAGGACGAGCUGUCGUCUAUCCGGGGAGGAGUGGGCCUCAAAAAAGCCCCGUCCAACGAUCGAUCGGCUCCGGUGCUCGAACAAAGAGCUCCGCCUCCUCCUUAGCCCCUCCCUCCUUCUCCACCUGACCUGUCAAAACUCCGGUGGAGCUUUUUAGCGGCAACUUCGUCCCGCGUAGGACGAAUCGAGUAGUACGUCUGUUUGGCAGUGAUUCAGUAUAUUCAUGAGAUGUUGAUCUUAAAUCCUAUUACGCGACAGUGAUAUUUAGUGGCUUUGUAAAUACGGAUUACAGAACGUCUGGCUUCACGUCAUUAACUGGUCCUUAUAUUCCCUGCCCCUCCUCCUAUAGGUGCCAAAACUUUUGUGCCUCGUAUCGUAUUUCCUUUUAAUCGAAACUCGAAUCAGGAAUCGCAGAACCGCAAUCAGAGCUGCACCGAACGUUUACUCGCCGUGCGCAUUUUGUACAUUUGAUUCGAAAGCCUCAGGACCUGCAACAGUUCCUGAAGAAAUUAUUAUUAUUAUUAUUUUUUAAACAGUUCUCUGAGACCGGAACCUGGAACGGCUUACGCACGGUAUCUUCCGUCAUAAAUUCAACUCCUAUCGUCACAUCGUUCUCAUCAGUAGUAUAAGACAUGGGUUUUACCAGACGCCCUGAAGUUCUUGUGCAUGCAGCAACAACAGGAGCAAAUCAGCGUCACUUCAUCACUGAAGUUUAUCAGCAAGACAUCAGCACUGAAAUCCCAGGCCUGAGAACCCGGACUAAGCUUUCUCACACAC